CUCUCGUCCGUCUUGAGUCGCUUGCGCGCUCUCUCUCUAUCCACCCCCUUCUUUCGCCUUUUUUCCGAACGCGCCCCUCACCCGCUCCCGAGGGCCCGAGCUUGACAGGGUAUACACGUCCUGUCUGUUUCUUAUUUCCAGUCCUCUCGACCUUUGCGCCGCGACUGGCAGCACGCUGCAGAGUCGCUCCAGCAGGGGUUGAGCCACCGCGACAGAUGCGCGGCGAUACGAGUCCUGCCGACGGCGACAAGCUCGGGCGGGAGGCCCCAAUACCGAGGCAGCUGCAGCAGGUCCAGGACGACGACCUAGACCCGGACUCGGUCAAGAGGCAUGAAGAGGACGACGACGACGACGAUGAUGCUGACGAGGGCCGCGACGAAGAGGUCGCAGGUCUUGUGCCGAGACUGUCGGACGAAGAGGAGCGCUCGGCGAGACGGGCGAGAAAUGAGGGCGGGGCCAAGCUCGGCAGGGCCACAACGACGUACAGGGAGGGAGAUGACGACUACGACGACGAAGACCAUCUCAAUCACGUAGAGGAUGGCGGCGGCUCAAGGUCGCCAUUCGCGGAUCGGAGAGAGCAGAGGGCUAGACGAAGAAAGCCAGCAGGCGUCCUAGCUACGAUUUGGGCCAUCGCAAGAGAGGCGUUGCCAACGCUGGCCAUCUCGGUCCUGAGCCUCGUCUUUUCUGGCGAGCUUCUGAUCCACCUGGCACGCUGGCCAGUCUUUGUCAAAGUCGACAAGCUCUUCAUCCUGGUGCCCAUCCUCCUCAAUCUCAAGGGCAACCUCGAGGGCAACCUAUCGCUGCGCAUGUCCACCUCGGCCAACAUCGGCGAGCUUGAUAUUCGCAGGACCCGCGAGACGCUCAUCUUUGGCAACCUCGCCCUGCUUCAGGUCCAGGCACUCAUCGUCUCGCUCUUUGCCGGCAUCCUCGCCUCUGUCCUGGGAGUCAUUGGAGGCCUGGGCGGCGCUUCCGAAGGCCCCAAGACGGCCCAGCGCCGUGGGUUCGGUGCUCUGUUGACCAAGCGGAGGGUGAUCCACCACCAUCCUGCGCCGUCGGACCCUUCGAUGCGGCUCCGUAACAGCUACUUUGAGUUUGUCCUCGUCAUUGCCACGGGCAUGCUGGCUGCCUCCAUGUCGUCGGCCAUUCUCGGCAGCUUCAUGUGUGCGCUCGUCGUCGUCACGCGCCAGCUGGGUGGCAACCCCGACAACAUCGCUUCGCCCCUCGCCGGAUCCCUGGGCGACCUCCUCACGCUGACCAUCCUGGGCCUUCUCGGCUCGUUCCUCGUCCGCUUCGAGGGCACCAUCCUGGCCACCCUCAUCCUCCUUGCUCUCGCGGCCGCCUGCGCCUGCUGCUUCUUCUUGGCCUACCGCAACGCCUACGUGCGAGAGCUCCUCUCCUCGGGCUGGAUCCCCCUCGUCGUGGCCAUGUUCAUCAGCUCUGGCGCUGGCCUCGUCCUCGACGCCUUUGUCCAGCGCUAUGAAGGCUUUGCGCUGCUCGUGCCUGUUGCGACCGGUCUCCCAGGCGCCUGUUCGGCCAUCUUCGUCAGUCGAAUCAGCACGGCACUCCAUUCCGGCAAGGGCGUUUCUUCGUCGCUCUCCCACUCCUCUUCCUCGACGCUGAUCUCGGCACUUCGAGACAUUCUGAAACUCGGCCCCACCGAGGGCUGGAUCGUUCCCGCCACGCUUUUCACCAUCGGAGCUGGCAUCGAGGUCCUUUUCCUCGUUCUCGUCUGGGUCACUGGACAGAUGUCGUUUGGCUGGCCCUUUGCCAUCACCUUUGUCAUCACAUCGGGCCUCAUUGUCGCGGCCUCUCUCUACAUUUCGCACCUAAUCACCCUCUUCCUCUGGUCCCGCGACUAUGAUCCAGACAUCUACUGCUUGCCCUAUGUGACUUCGCUGAUCGAUGUCAUUGGGCAAAUCCUUCUAGUCGUUGCCUUUGCUACCGCCACUGUUCUUGGCGAUCAAAUCACGGCAGCUGUCAAUGAUCACCAGAAGCCGUAGACUACUCGCACGAUCCUUGUAAUAUCUUUCUCCUUCUCUCGCAUCCAGAUAUCUGGUCCUCUCAUCGCAAUUUCGUAGCAGCAUAGAGAAAAUGAAAAAGAGAAAUCUACAGACA